CUGUUAAUCGACCUAUUUUGUCAACUAACUUUCGUUUAUUUCACAUUUGUAUUUGUAGUUUAAAUUGAAAUUAAAAUGUUCUUUUAAUUAGGGAUUAUAACAAUUCACGUGAAAACUGGCAAUUGUUAGUUAUGUUAUUGUUAAUUCAUAACUGGACAUGAUAAGAAAAAAUGCUUCUCCAGUGGGUUGGGGUGCAUCUCUGUAUGAUGAUGUGACUUUGGGCAUAUGGACUUUAGAGGGGGUGCUCAUUCCACAUUACUGUACAUGAACUUUUUGCCAUCUAUCAGGCAUGUUCCCAUUUCCUUCCUCAUCUAGUUGGUCAUGAUCCACUUCAACAAUUCCAUGGUCAUUUCUUAUAUCAAUUGUUGUGGGAUGCCCAUUCCAGGACCCUUUGCUUCUGCACAUUGGACAUGCUGUUUUGGGCUCAUUCCCAUUGGAUUCAUCUCACGACUUUUCAGGUGCCUUGGGAUCUGAACUUGGUGGCAGAUUGCUUCUCUUGAUCAGAUAGGAUUCCACCCAUGGAGUGGUCUCUCUAUCUUCAGGUUUUCAUUGCAUUAACUAGCAGUUGAGCAUGCCUCUAAUUAUUGCCUUCGCCACUCCUCUCAACACCAAACUUCCCCUUUUCUGGUCCCCAGUACUUCAUCCUUUGUGGUCAAUGCUUAGGCAGGAUUGUUCGUACUUUUUUCUAUAUGCCUACCCUCCUCUUUGUUUCUCUCUUGUGUUCUCACUUUGAUAUGUGACACUCCUUGUCAGGUCCUGUUGGUGGCACCUCUUUGGCAGGCACAACCCUGGAAUUCUCUGCUUCGUCAGUUGGCAGGGAGGCCCUCUCUUUCUUUGCCCUGUUCCUUCUCAUUUCUGUUCCAACUACACACUUUUCUUUUUUUCACCCAGGAGUGUUGUCCUUUCAUAUUCCUGUAUGGGAUUUUUGUGAUCCAUUGUCCACAGGGCUGACUUCUUUAACCAUGUAGCUUUUUUCUUAUCCCAUUCCUAUUGUUUUUCAACUCUGUCCAUCUAUCAAUGGAAGUGGAAGGUUUUUGACAUUGGUCCAUCCACCACUCUUUUCCUCUGGGCUGUCCUACUGUGGCCCACCUUCUGGCCUAUUUCACAUGUUUUUUUUACAAUGAAUUUUCAGUUUCCACUAUUUCUAGCUAUCGAGUGGCUUUAUCAACAUUUUACCUUUCCUGUCAUUGUUAGGUAUUUCUUCCCAUCCUCUCCUCAUUGUUCAGAUGCUCCUUCUUCACUAAUCCUCUCAUCUUAUUCUCAUGCCUGACUGAGACUUUAGUGUGGUUUUACACACUUGUACAUUUACUCCAUUCUAGCUAUUGGCUUCAUACUCCUUAUAUUGUCUUUCUCUGAAGACACGCUUCCUUCUUCUCGGCCAUGGUUGUCAUCAUUCAAAUGUAUAUGCCAUCUAUGAUUCCCAUUCUUUCUUUUGCUUUACUUACUUAUUUCUUUACCCUAACUGGACCUUUAUUUUUGAGACUUUGGUUGCUUGGUAAGGUGAUUGUUCUUUUUCUUCUAUUUCGUUUUAGUUUCUCACCUCUGUGCUCUUUCAGACAUGAAUCAUCUCCUGUGUUUAGUUUGGGCUGUUCAGUGUUACUUGACAUGCAUGUCUCCAUUUUAGGGUUCCUGUCAUUGUUUGUCUCUACCUUGGGAUCUCUCGACUUCUACCCCUUACAGGUUGGACCUGCCAUCUCCUCCUGUUGGUGUAUUCUUCCUUAUAAAUAGAUACUUGCAGACUCAUUCACAAAGACAGACAUUAUACAGACUGAUUGUGUCCUAACCACACUACUCUUUUUGGCUCACUGACUGCUUGGCUGGUCGUAUUUAAAUUCUGUCCAUCCCUGCAACACAUGAAGCUCUUUUGCCUUUCCUUUUGGGUGAAGAAUAUAUCCUGAUUGAGAUGCAGUCUGUCGUGGGUGUCACAAUCCAUAGGCAUUCCCUUUGAGUGCUUUCUGAAGGGAGCUCAUGUAGGUUUAAUAUUUGCACCAUCCCUCCACCAUUUCAGUGUGAAAAUGUAGCUAUAUUGUGUGAAGAGAGAGACUGGUGAAUGAAAAAUGCAAACCUUCAAAUGACAGCAGUUUUAAGUACAAUACAUUUAUAUGAUUUAAAGCAUGAAAUGGUUCUAUUUCUGCUGAUAUAAAUAUAUGUAAGAGAAUCCUGAUAUAAUUUCACUGAAAAAACCAAAUGCGUUCACCAUCAGUAUGCUCUGGAACUACAUGCAUCUCAUCCCCUAGACCAGGUAAAAGCAUUACAAGAAAGUUACCCAUUACUAGACCUUCAAGGAAAGUUUGUCAAGAACGUCUGGCAUGCAAAGGAGCUAAACCUGAAGCAGCUUAUUUUUGUACAGAAUGUGGGACUUAUCAGUGUAUUCCAUGUGAAACCCUUUUACAUGAAAAUAUUAAGUUCUUGCUGCAUGAACGAGAGCAACUGAAACCCAUUGCUGCAGAAUUACUGUGCCAAUUAAAUUGUGAAGACCAAAAUCUCGCUGAUAUUUGGUGUAUUGACUGCAGUAAAAACUUGUGCUUUGUUUGUGACAGGACUGUCCAUUCUGAUGGAUGUAAGAAGGUGCAUCGAAGAAAUCCGUUUGAACCUGAAACAGAGGAUUUUCUUUCUUGUACCGAGGGACUGUUAGAAGGGGGUGAAAAAUCAGAAAUUGAAGAAGAGAACGUCUUAAUUACUUUUACUAAUACAUGUACCAGUAAAAUGAUAUCACUUGGUUCAGAGAACUUGUAUAGUAUUCCUGAUGUUGCUUGUGAAACGCUUGCUUUGGAAAGAAAAGAACCUCCAACUAUUGAAAGCAGUGCUAUAGAUCUUGAUGGUGAUUUAAGUAUUUCAAGUUUUCUUCUGGUUGAUGAAAAAGAAAAUAUUAAAGUCAGUAGUGAAACUGAUUUCAUAGCAAAACUUGACUGCCCUUCUCAUACUCCUGUGAAAGUUGUGUCCAUUUUUGGAAACACAGGAGAAGGCAAAUCUCAUACAUUGAACCAUACUUUUUUUAGAGGAAAGGAGGUCUUUAAAACCUCUAUUACCCAAUCUUCAUGCACUGUUGGUGUUUGGGCUGCAUAUGAUCCACUAUCGAAAGCGAUCAUCCUUGACACAGAGGGAUUAUUAGGUACAACAGCUAAUCACAACCAGAGAACCAGGUUAUUGCUGAAGGUGCUUGCAGUUUCUGACAUUGUUAUAUAUCGCACCAGAGCUGAGCGAUUACAUAAUGAUCUUUUUACUUUCCUGGGAGAUGCUUCUAAAGCAUACUGUCGGCACUUUUCUAGGGAACUCAAAGCUGCCUCUGAGAGAUGCAAAUUUGUGGGUCCUCUGUCUUCACUUGGGCCUGCAGUGAUAAUAUUUCAUGAAACCUUACAUACACAAAUUCUUAAAGAAGAAAAUGGACAAAGUCCAGAAGAAAUACUUAAACUGAGAUUUCAAAAACUGUCUCAGUCUGUUGAUGCAUUCAGUGCCCUGGAAUAUGUGGGAACACAAACGUCCCUGCUUCCAACCUCUUUUUUUGGUCUCCAAAGGGCUGUACAAAAGCAUCUUCAGAACUCCUCUGUGCGAUCAGCAAGGUCAUCUACUGUAGUUUAUCAGGCACUUAAGGUCUUAAAUGAAAAGUUUAAUGGUGAGCUGGAAAAGACUCUCCCUAGUUCCUUUCCUGACCAGUAUUUUGCUUGUAAUAACCACUGCCUGUCAUGCAGUGUGCGUUGUAGCAACAGUAUGAAUCAUACAAGAGAUGGAACUCCUCAUAUAGCCACAACAAAAUGCAGAUAUCAACACCAGUAUGACAAUAGAAUUUUCAUGUGCAAGGCCUGUUAUGAAAGGGGUGAGGAAGUUCUGGUUUUUCCAAAAACAUCAGCAGCAUCAGAUUCAACUUGGAUGGGUUUAGCAAAGUUUGCUUGGUCAGGGUAAGUGAAAAUACUAAC